AUGAAGAUGUUACUGGUUUUCCUGCUGAUACUUGCAGCCCACAUUCAGGGAUCGACAGCCAAUCCAACCGUUACUCAGUCACCUGUAUUAAAGUCUGUUGGUGUGGGAGUGACGGUCUCUCUGAGCUGUACAGCCAGCACAGGAGUUGAUGAUGAUCUCAGCUGGUACCUGCAGAAACCUGGACAGCCUCCCAAACUGUUUGGGAGGCUAGCCAUCAAUCUGUUUCACAAGAACAGGUGUGUGUUUGCCUUCUUAAAUAUAUUUUGCAUGAAUUUUAUGCAUCACUGCUCCUCAGAGUUUAAGUUCUCAUGUCACAGAGAGUCUGAACUGUUUUCAUGCACUCACACUGAAAACUUCAUCAGGACGAUGUUGUCAAUAACUCUGCUUGUCAUGUUGGGUUUUCUGAGUCAGGAGUCUUCUGCCAACAAUUUUCUGACUCAGGCUGACAAAUCCAAGUCUGUUAGUCUUGGAGGGACUGUGACCAUCAGCGCCACAGGGAGUUCAAAUAUUGGUGCUGAUCUCAGUUGGUACCUUCAGAAACCUAGACAGGCUCCCAAACUUCUUAUAUACAGUACAUCAACUCUCUUCUCUGGAACUCCGUCUCGAUUCAGUGGCAGUAGAUCUGGUUCUCACUACACUCUGACCAUCAGUGGUGUUCAGGCUGAAGAUGCUGGAGAUUACUACUGUCUGGGUGCCCAUGGUGGUGGAGUGUUCACACAGUGAUUUAGAGCCGUACAAAAACCUCCUUCAGUUUGACUGAAGUGAAAACGGCCUGCUGCAGGUGCAGAGGGUUGGUGAAGAGACUGUGAUGAGGAUAACUGGUCCAGUGAACACAACACAAGAGUCAUCAAACAGAACCAAAAUGAAUCUAA